UUUAUAGACUAUAAAGUUAAUAUAAAAACGGAUCUAUUAUAAAAUCAUUUUAUUUAAUUCAUCAGUGUAAUAAUAUUGAUUAAAGGGGUAAUCAUGGUUAAAUUAAAUUAUAAUUUAUUCAUAUGGAUUAAAUUAUUAUUAUAUUCAUUACAAUUAUUCAAUGAAAUAUCUACUCAAUAUAUUAAUAAAGAAGCAUAUACUUGCCCAUAUUUAUGGAUGCAUUGGAAACAAAGGCGUACAUUUGGUUGGAUAUGCGGUUCAGUACCAUAUUUACAAACAAAAGUUCCAGGUGUAAAAUUUGAAAAUGAUUGUUGUCCAGGUUAUGAAAAAAUUGAUAUAUUAAAUAAUCAAUGUGCUUUUAUUGAUCGUUCAUGGCAAACAAUUAUUGAUCAAUUAAGGGAUCAAAAAAGUUUACAAAUUGCACAAAUAUUAACUAAAGAUAAUCAAUUACAAGAUUUAUCAUCUAAUUCAACUAAAAAUGUUUAUACCAUUUUUGUACCACAAUAUGAUGAUGAUAUUACAUUGAAAGAAGCGGAUUAUAUUAGUGAUACCAAUGCUGUAGGCACAAUGGUCUCUCCUGGUCGAUGGUAUUCAAAAGAAUUUCAUAAUGGUCAAAAAAUUCCAACCACUAAAGGUACUCAUAUAAAAGUGACAACAUAUUCUAAUGGAUUAACUUUCUUAGAUUGUAAAACGUUACUAAGUCCAGAUCAUGAAGCAUCAAAUGGUUUAAUUCAUCGAAUCGAUGGAGUUCUUCCACCUACAUAUAAAUAUCCAACAGUUUUAAAACGUUUAACCACUGAAUCAGAUCUAUCAUUAUUUGUUCAAAGUUUACCACAAGAUUUAAAAAGAAAAUUAGAUGAACCAGAUUCAAUGGAAUGGUAUACAGUAUUUGCAGUACCAAAUAAUAUUUGGAAUAAAAUCACAUCAGGAAUUGUUUCAACAGAAAUCAAAGAAGCUUUAGCACGGCAGCAUGUCAUGAAUAAAAUGCUUUGUUCAGAUGCAAUUGUUAAAAAUACUAAACGUGUGGGUCCAACAUUAGCUGAAACCUAUAUUGGUAUUCAAAGAAAUUCUAAUGGAAAUUUAAUAAUUAAUGAUAUAUGCAAUAAACAAAUACCUAUUCAACGUACAGAUUUAAUGUCUGGUACUGGAGUUAUACACAUUAUUGAAAAUUCAAUAAGCAGUUUAGAAUCAAUGAAAUUAAAUGAAGCUCUUGAAUGCUUAGAAAAUAAUCCUUCAUUCAGUGUUAAACAAGCUGCCAGUGAAAUGCGUAAAUGUCAAAUAGAUCUUGGAGGUGGUCGUGAUAAUGUUAUACUUUUAUCGAAUGAUGCAGCUUUUCAAUCUAAAUUCUAUAAAGAGAAUAUAAGACAACAAAUACAAUUAGAUAAAUGUAAAUUAUAUUUACAUCAUUUAUUAAAAAUAAAAAAUCCUCAAAAUGUUGAUGCAUAUAAAACAGGUUUUAAUCAAGAACAAGAAUUUACAACACAAUAUUCAACAUUAGAUGGUUCUAAAUAUUCUGUUUAUAGUAGAUAUAUUAAAACAAGACAUGGUACUAAAUUAACCUUUAAUCAUGCUGAAGCAACCGAUUUACAUCCAAUAAAAUUUCAUGAUGGAGUUAUUCAUAUUGUAAAACAAGUAAAUUUACCACCACAAGGUGAUAUCUCUUCUUUGAUUCAACAAAAAUCAAAUACAAAAGAAAUUUCAACAAAAUUUAUUUCAACUAAUUUUCAUCAGCAAUUAAUUCCAUAUUCAUCGAAUAUUCUAUUUUUAGCACCAAUUGAUUUAGGAUGGAAAACAAGAGAUUUAGAAAAUUCUUAUACCAUUGAACAAACUCGUAAAGUAACCAUAAUGUAUCUAUGUCGUUGUUUUUUUUUAUAAUUUUUUAGUUGCUGUGCUGUGCUGUGUGUGUGUGCGUGCGUACGUCUCUUUUUUUAUAAAGCAUAAUGGAAUCUGAAAGAGAGGAAGAACAAAGAUUAGUGUAGGGUCUUAUCAGCUGCUUACAGUCAAUAUUAUUAUAGAUAUUCACAUUCCUUAUAAUAAAUAUAAAGGUGAUUAAAGAUGAAUCUAUGUGUAUUAUAAUGUAAUGAAGAUCCGUAUAGAGUUCAAUCGAGUCAUUAAAAAUUUGUUUGUUUCGAAUAAAGGAAUCAAAUUCGAGAGGGACCAUCCAGAACAUUGAAAUAGUGAUUAGAAUUCAUGGAGCUAAUAAACAUUAUGUAAUGAGGCAACCGAUAACAGAUGAAUGAUAAUAAAGAAAGAUAUGAAUUGAUAGAAAAUGAUAAACUUCAGAACGGGUUGAAAUAAUGAAUGACAUAACAAAUAAAGAAGGGGGGGUGUAAUGUUAUCAGAGCAAAACAAAGAUUUAUUACUGUCUCUUUUUGUAUACAUAGAUCUGGUUUUAGACGUUUGGUUGCUAUCGCAUCAGUGAAUUUCAAAAGAUUGGAAUUUGAUUGUUUAUUAAUCACUUUGAAAGACUUCAGUGUAUCGAACUGAUGUCUUAUGUCAAGGAGAUGUCUUGCGAUGGCACUACUGAAUGCUUUUAGUCCGUUUGAUCUUAAACUCUUUGAAAUAUGUUCUUUGAAUCAGAUACAUACGCAAAUAUAUUUGGUGGUAACAUGAAAGGGGUACCUACCAACUUUUGAUUGUUUCGAAGAACAUGUUGUUUUGGAUAGGACAAUCAAUUUAGCUACAGGAUAAGUUCUUAUCAAUGCAUUAUCACCUUUGAAUUUGAGUUGAAUAAAAAUAGGUUUUUUAUUUACUAUAAUUUCUUUGGGUUUUUUAUCAUCAUGUCGUGGAUGCGUACUGCUGAGGUGUACCACAAUAGAACGAAAUGGCCGUCCAGUUCUUCCACGUUUUCCAUGGUGGUAUAGCUUCAAUUGGAUAUUCGUUAUUCUCUAAACAUUCAUUACUUACUCUUUUAAUGUAUCGGUAGUACAUAUUCAGUCUGUUCUGUAAAACAACAUUUUAAUCAAAUCAUCAAGUUAAUUGUGAUUAUAUAACGUGUAUAACGUUAGAUAAAACUAGUACAUUGGUUAGACGAGGGGGGGGGAAUGAGAGGUGAUAUAUGAUUUUUCAUUGAUAGAGAAUGUCUAGAAAAUGUAUUAAAUAUACCCAGUUAUCAUGUAAUCUGAAAUGUUAUAACUUUUUAUAGGAUCGAUCAAUAAAGUUAGUUACGGUCAAUUUUGAUCUUGGCCGCUUACCAGCAUUCUGUAUCCAACUCUGUCUUGGGCAAUUCUUUAGAGUUGUUACCAGUUGAUAUUCUUCCUUUUCAUAACUACUUUCAAUUUGCGAUGCAGUGUGUUCUUCAGCAAUCCUCUUUUCCAUUUCCAUUCAGGAUUCCAAGCUAGGGCUUGCUUCAUGAUGCAGUUAGAUGAUUUCCGUAAUAUAGAUCCUAUUCAUUUCCAACGUCUUUUCCUAAUUUCCUCUUCAGUUGGAAGUUGGUUUGUUCUCUCUCACAGUAAGCUGUUACUGAUGGUAUCCGGCCAAUGAAUGUUGAGUAUCUUGAGUAGACAACUAUUUAUAAAUACUUGUACCUUUUUGAUGAUGAUUGUAGUAGUUCUCCAAGUUUCUUUAGAGUAUAUCGCUUCUACUAAAGCUUACUACUCAAUUUCAUUACAAGUUAACAAUAAGAACCAACAUGAUCUUUGUGGUAAUAUAUACGAUUUAUCUACCUGUUUACUUGAUACUACAUUCUAUGUGAGUUAGAAGUGUUAAUUUACUAUUUUCAGAGAAGGGUUUUGUGGCUGUUAUAGUCAUUUAACAAUUGAAUUCAUGAGUCAAUUGAUGCUAGAUCACCAUGGAAAACCUGAAUAAGUACUGCUGAAGAGUCAUAUACUAGAACAAAAUGGCCGUCCAGUACUCCCACAUUUUCCAUGAUAGUCUACCUUCAAUUGGCUCAUGAGUUCAACGAUUAAAUGAAUGAUUUAAUAAAAUUCUUUAUAAUAACUUGGUCCUGGGUUCGACAACUCGCAGGGGGCGAGGUUGUGGAUGCGCACUGUUGAAGAGUCCAAUAAUAGGACGAAACGGCCAUCCAGUGCUUCCAGGUUUUCCAUGGCGGUCUAGUUUCAACUGACUCAUGAUCUUAACCAUUGAAAUAACUUUUGUAUUAUUUUCUUUUUUUUUCUUUGAAUAGCUUUUACAAUUACAUACUAUUCCA